AUGCCCUACCGAGGAGCAUGGAAUCGAGGUUUGUUGUUGUUUUUUUGUUUUUUCUUCGCAAUUUUUUCAUUGCAAUACUGAAAAGCCGUCUCUUAUGAUAAUUAUUUAUCAGUUCAAGUGCGAACGGUUUUGAAAUACGGUCGUUAAACUAGUUUAUAUAUUUUUCCUGUUGCGCUCUUUUUUUUUGAUACGGAUCGAGAAAUCGAGGUCAUGCCCCUUUUUUGGAAAAAAAAACGCCGUAACGCUUUUUUUUUAAAUCCUUUCUUCAGUAUAAAAAAAUUAUGGAAAGAAAUUGUUAAAUUUUUUUCUUUAACGUUGAAACUGUACCUAUGAAACAUAAAGUGCGUUGAAAAAAACACUUAUUUUAAAGCACUGUCAAUUAAAAAGAAAAAGAUAUAAGGAUAUUUUUUUUGUCGAUGUUUUUUUAUUUUUUUGGAAUAAUUAAUUUGUUUUUCUUGAUAUUUCUGACGUCCUUUUUUUCCAUUACUCUUUUUCCAAAAAAAGCAGCUUGUUUUCUGAUAAUGCUGAAUAUAACUCUUUUUUUUUUUUUUUAAUGAUUCGAUUCAUUUUAUCGAUGCUAGUUUUUUUAAAAAAAUAAGCUUAUUAAUGUUUAAUUCUUCAAAUUUUCCAAUGAAUGCUUUGAAAAAAAAAAGGAAACCUUGAUUGAAUUUUUUUUUUGUAUAGCCUUUUCACGGCUGGCUGGGGAAAGCGCGUGGCGAUGUUUUCCCUCUCCGCCAACCCCACGCUCUUUUUUUUUUAUCGUGUCAAGACUAAUUUUUCCGAUUCACUCAAGCCAACCGUGCAGCGACUAUAUAAAACUGGGGAGACCUUUUUUCUUUUUCCACUUUUAACUACGUUGGAUUAAAAAUUAUUGACUUUUAUGAUGAAAUAUUUCGAAAAAAACGUGGAUUGAUUGAAUUGACCUCAUUUUCAGGAGGAAGAGCGGGCAGAUCUCAGCCGCCAACUUUAGAACGGCAAAUUCUACCUGCCGCUCCACUUGUUUCAACUAGGAAAGGUAGGAGGAACUCAUUUUUUUCAUUUUUAAAUGUUUUUUUUUGUUAAUUCUUUUUUUCAAGGUCGUUUUUACUUUCAUCUUUUAAAAACAUUUUUUGAGGUAUUUAAAUGUGAUUGAAGUGAAAUUUUCUAAAUUCAACAUUGAAGUGUGAUUUGAAUCAAAGAAAUGAUAUUUUUUUAGCAUUUUUUUGUAAAGGAAAAAGUGAAAUAAUGUACUUGAAUUGAAAAAAAAUUUAUUAUAUUUUUUUAAAUUUGCAUUUUUUUCCAAUGAAUUUUUGAUGCAUAGAAACUGAAAUCCUCGCAUUAAAAUAAAUGUUUCAGGCCGUGGCCAGCCAACGAAAUUCCCAAAAACUUCCUCAGCGCCCGUUUUGCAACGAGUCGCUGUUUUACACGAACAUGAUGGUCCAACCGGCGAGGAACAAUUUGUGGUUCGUUUUUUUCUUGAACAAGACUUUUUUAUGGCUUUUGCUUGAAAUUGUACCUUUCUUUGGAAAAGAAGUACAAUUCCUUAUUUUUCCACGUUAAAUUGUUGUCUUUUCCCCUUUCCUUGUGUGAUAAAGAAGUAUUACCAUUUUGGCCGCUAUUAAUUUUUUUUUGAACCUUUUUUUUCCAGUACCAAGCCGAGGACGGUGAGAUGAUCCUGGAAGAAGUAGAUGAACAAUAUUUGGAAGUUGAAGAAGGCGAAUUCGUCGCAGACAGCGAAUAUUAUGAAAGUGUCGAGUAAGUUUUGUUAAAAAAAAUUUUCAAAAUUUUCAAAAUUUCAGAAUCGAAGAUAACGGCUAUCAAAUAGAAGAAAAUGUUGAGCAGCCCGGUGGAAGGUGAUUUUUGAAAGUGCGCUCUGUUGCUAAUUUCGGUGUCAUAGGCAAAGUCGGAAAGGGUGGAAAAGGUUCCAUAGGAAUGUUCCCUUUUUGCUGCCUUUUUGGGCCGUUUUAUCGGCUUUUAUGCACCAUUUUUGUUGCCUCUGCCUUUUUCCACCAUUUCUUGAGCCUUUAAAAUUCCAGAAAAAAUGGAAGUCUCGAUAAAGGAACUCGUUUUGCUGCCUUUUUGCUGCCGUUUUGGAGCCUUUUUUCAGUCUUUUUGGGGCCUUUUUGCGGCCUUUUUAGAUAAUUUUAUAGGCUUUUGUGCACUAUUUUCGCACCAUUUUCCCCAUUUCUUGAGCUUUUAAAACCCCAGAAAAGUGAGAGGCUCGAUAACGGGACCCUUUUUGUGGCCUUUUUGCUGCCUUUCUGCUGUCUUUUUGCUGCUUUUCUGCGACCUUUCUGCUGCCUUUUUGCUGCCUUUCUGCGACCUUUUUUGAGCCUCUCCCUUUUAGCGGCCAUUAUCCACCAUUCCGACUUUACCCGAGGUUUUUCUGUUUUUUUGACGCGAACCAGACGUUUCUGAGCCUGUCUAGUGGACACUUGUCAGGUCACUUAAGUGAUCCCUAGAAUUUUUUAGAAACUUCCGGGGCACUUCCGGUUUCCUUCACAGAGAAUUCAUUAUUUUAAACCUUUUUCCCGGUUUUUGCGACCAUUUUUUCAUAAAUACUGAAGAAAUCAAUAAAAAUGAAUUUUUCCCAGUGAUGAACCCCACAAUUUGGAUGCCUUGGGGCGCGAAGGGCUCGAAGAAGAAGUGGCCCAGGAGCUCGAGCCCGUCAAUGACGUCAUCAGCAGGCCUCGGCUAGCACCGGCCAUACCGUUGAUGCAGAAGAAGACGUUGGUUUUUCAGAGAUAUUUUUGAAAAUUUUGAUUUUUUGCUCAAUUUUUAGUGUCUUUAUUUGCAUUUUUAUCAUUUAUGGAGCUUAGUUUUAGAUGAGUUUCCAGUUUCUCAAUUGACUCUUAAAGUAUUAGAUGAAGAAAAAAAUAGGUUUAAACAAAGCUAUUGAACAGUUUUUCUUGAAUUUUUUUCCUGUUUUGAGUGAAUGCUUCAGUGAUUUAUUUUCAUAAAUUUUUUUCAUUUCAUCGCUUUUUGUGAGUAUUGUAGGUAUAGGUUUCGAGAAAAAAAUAAUUUUUUUAAAUAUGAAAAAAAGGAAAAAUUUUUCAAGGUUUUUUUCCGAGUAGCCUAGGCUGUGUUCAAAGGAAUUUUCGCGAUUCUUAAAAUCUCUGACUCUCUAAAAUUUAGUUAUCCUUUCCACUCUCUGAUGGAUAUUUUUGUAUUUCUCGGAAUCACUUUUUUUCAAAAAAUUUUUCAAAUGCUUUUCUUUCAACGGCUUCAAGAGCUUUAUGCCGUGUUCGAAAUGACUUCCGUGAAAUUUAAAAUUAUCUCUGACUCUCCAAAUUUUAGUUGUCUUUACCUUUCUCUAGCGGUGUUUCGCAGAAUCUCUUUUUUUCAUUAAAGUUUUCAAAUGCUUUUUUUUCAACGGCUUCAUGAGCUUUAUGCCGUGUUCAAAGUGAAAUUCAAAAAUAUCUCUGACUCUCCAAAAUUCAGUUAUCUUUCCCUUUCUCUAACAGAUAUUUUGCAUUAUAUCUACUUUAAGGUCACCUUAAGCAUUACUAGGAUCUUCCAUUUUGAGCUAAUUUUAAAUUUUUCAACUUUAAAUUCAUAGUUGAUCCCAAUUUAUCAUUCUUAUAUUCAGUAGAGGCCGUGGAAGGCCCUCAAAAGGCCCUGUCCUUAGGCUUGGAACCUCCGGUGGCCCUUCCUCUUCUCCAGGUUGGAAAUAUCUUGUUUCCGAUCCCACCUCCAAAUUUUCAUUCUUCAGCUCACCGACCUGAAAACCCGCACUCAGCCCCCACCACCCCAAGAAGAGGUCGACCCGCGCGCGGACGAGGAGGCGCCAUGAGCGCCUUCUCGACGCCAAGACCCCAGAAAAUUCCGGAAGAACCGCCGGAGAAAAAGACGAAGGAAGAAGCGGACGAGUCCGACUCACAGGGACGACCUUCCAGGCACAGGCUCCCUACUCGGAAGGUCCUCGAGAGCCGGGUGAGACUCUUAAAAUUAAGAAGAGUUUAAGUAAAAUGGGCCUUUUUGGCUGUGAUACCUUUGAAUACGGGGUAGGAGGAUUUUUGAAAUCCAAAAUUUUUUUCUUCCAGUUUCAAUUGGUAGGAGGGUAGUCAAAGUUACAUUAUCGAAAAAGGUUUUUUGAAAAAAAUGAUCCUCAAAAAAAUUUUUGGCAGCUUCUCGGACCCCUGUAACGCAAACCAGACGCGUCCUAGACGUUUCUGAGCUCUUCUAGGGAUCACUUAAGGGUGCUGAAACCACUAAAGAAGUCACUAGAAAAGCUUAGACACGUUCGAUUUUAGUUACCGAGUUUGUUCAGAGAAAAAAAUAAAUUUUCAACACAUUUUUUUGAAUUUUUUUCAUUUAACAACUUUAUUGGACUUUUUUUCUUAUUCAGAGUCUGAAAAUUUCGAAUUUUUUCAUGAAAAUUAUAACGAAAAUCACCUUAGAAUUGGAUUAAUAUGAGAAAAACCUUUUUUUUUUCCAAUUUUGCACAGUUUUUCAUUGAAAGUUUAUGUUGGAUUUCAAGUUUCAAGAAUUUUAAGUUCAACUUUCUCAGGGGGAAAUGAUCGAACCGACCUCCUUAAGUCGUCAAAGAAGUCGCAACUCCAACUCGACCUCAUCGAAUGCAGCAACAAAUUCAGAUGCUAAGGUUUGCUGACCUCACAGAAAAAAUCCUGAACCUUCCCGAUUUUCAAGCCCCCUGCUCUCAAAUCGAUCCUGGAAGACUAUGGGACGGAUCCAGCCGCCGAAGUUGAAGUGAAAACGUCGCCGUCGAAAGUUCCGGAGCACAAAAUGGAGGCGGUUGAUGAGAAACCGGGUCCCAGCAAAAGGCCGAGUGACAUGAAGGGAGCCGACGAAGAGGAGGAUCCUCUUCUGAUGGACGAAGACGCCAUCGAAGCCCUCACCCCUUCGGUCUCACUGGAAAAGCCCCCCAGAAGACGCGUCAAUCGAGGGUUCCCCAACACCAGCAGGGCCCAGCCGAUCCAUGUACGGUUUAGAAACGCUCUGACCUGUCUGGGCUCUCUUUUCCCUCACCGACAAGGGCAUAGAAGCAUGAAAAUAGCAUGUAAACAUGAGACCACGCCCCCUUCAUUUUUGGUUUUGCAUUUUUUUCCACUUUAGUCUGUUCAGAUUUUUAAUGUCAAGUGCAAUGACGUCAUUCAAAAACGCUCUGUGAAUGGCUCGCUCUCUGAUUGAUAGUAGGACGAAAAAUUUGAUCCGCAAAAAUACGUCGCGUGAAAAUUGCGACCACCAAAAUUAGAAGCCUUCAAAAUUUUGUCCAUUUAAAUUAGAAAUUUAAGGGUUUCAAUUUCUGUUUUUAUUUUUUUCUCCGUUCCAGUCUUCUCUAGUACUAAUUUUUCAUAUUUGCUUUGAAUUAACUCGUCGAUUUGAAAAGUUUUUGAAACCAAAUUUCAAGUCUUUUUUUCUGUUUUUCCAAUUUUUUUCGUAUUUUUAAUUAUAAGAGUUCAAACUCUCUCAACUAAAUACGUUUUCCGUAACAAAAAAUGACAGACUUCUUAUUGAUGAUAAUGAUUUUUACAUUCCUAGAAACCUACUUUGGAAUGAAUAAAAAGGAAUAAAAAGUAAAAAAAAAGAAAGAGGUACAAAAAGUCGUAAUUUAAGCAAUUUAUAAUUUGAAUGGACCAAAAUUUUGAAGGCUUCUAAAUUUGGUGGCUCACAGGCUAUGUGGUUGCAAUUUUCACGUGACGUUUUUUUUGCGGAUCAAAUUUUUCGUCCUACCAUCCUCUGAUUGGUAUAUCGCACCAUUAGAGAGCUUGAGGACUUGACAUUCAAAAUCUGAACAGACUGUAGAAACCAGAGGGAGAAGGGAUAUCAGAAUUGUGUUAUGAAUAGAUUAUUCUAAUUUCAAGGUCUCGAAAGAAUUAGAGAAAUAGUGUUUUAGAUAUGGAGACGCAGACGUUUCUAGAGUUUUGAUUGUGUCGCGGACCCUAUAGGGGAUGAAUAAUAUUUGUAAAAUGGAAUUGAGGGGGAAUGACAAUAUUUCGAGAAAAAUAUCAGAAAUUUAAAUUGGGAUUUCAUCGUACACACUGCGAAUGAACACUUGAAAAAAAUUAAAAAAAUAUUUGGGAAAAAUAGACUUUUUUUCCAGUUCUAGUUGGUAGGAGUGCAGGCAAAGUUGCAUUAUCGAGAAAAUCAGGUCAAAAAGCUAGUUUUGGAUUUUAUAGUUCCGCUUGUAGACUUAAAACUCGGAAAAAAGUUUCAUUUUGGAAAAAAAAAAAUGGGAAGUUGUGUGAAGUUUACGCUGAAUGGAAGUUUAAUAAACGAUAAAAAAAUUUUUCUUUGGCUUUUUUUUCCACUUUUCGACUUCAGAUCGAAGCGGCCAAUCACGUCGUCCAUCCGUUGAUGAACCGAAAACGACGAGAGUUGGGCAUGGACCUUCCCGAAGAACAUCGGCCCAAGCAAAGAGCUCGGCACGUCGUCAGGGCCGGACUCAUUCCCAAUGUGAACUUUGAUGUGAGUAGGUUCUUGUUUAUCGCCAAGAGGAUAGUUCCAAAUGCGGCCAUAAAAUUAAAAUUCUCUAGGAACAAGACGCCGCUCAUCGACAUGUCAUGGAGAUGACCACUGAAACGAUGGGUGUUGCUCAGGUUUUUAUUAAUUUUUUUCAAAAAUUAAAUAAGACUUUCAGAUGAUGACGAAUGAUGGAGAGUACAUGUACGUUGACGGCGAUAAUCAGCAGGAAAUGGCUUAUGAGGUUUUUUUUGAUAAAGCGUCGCGGUCGCGUUGCGGCUCUGAAGUUUCAAGCAGCGCCCAGUCUUGAGCGAUUUUUCCGGUUUUAAGCAGUGCCCAGGCGCGACGCACACGCGCACUCGUCUCAUGGGGCGCGCUUGCUGUUUUUCACAUUUUUUUGUGAUCCUAAUCAGGCUUGUGCGUUCGACCGGGCUUUGGGCCUCAUUUUUAGGAAAAAGCCCGCGUGGGCUCGGGCCGAGCCGGGCUUCAAAACAAUUGUUACGUAGAAGAUGUUCCCCUACAUCUUCCCGUUAUUGUAGAAGUCGAGACUCGGCAUAAGACUUUAUUCCGUGGCGCACGCUAGCAGUGCGCCAUGCCAGAGUGAUGUUGUAAAGAAAGUUGGGGCGAACGCCCACAGGCGUUCGUCACUCAAGAGCACAUGUUCACUUAACACAAUGAGAUAUAAACAACCAUUACAUCCCCUCCGAUUACGGAAGAUGCUUCGUCCCCGAAGCAAAGAAAAAAAAUGUAGGAUAUUAAGAGCGAAUUGGAAGAAGUUAGGGAGACAGAGGAAUAUAAUGAUAAGAAGGAGAUGCUUAACAUUUCAAUACUUUUGGGAAAUAUAGAAGAGGACUAUCACAUCCCCCCGUUCGCCGAAAGUCUCGUCCCGAGACUUCGUUGAAGUGGGAAAAUGGUUGUCCAAGUGAACAUGUGUAAUAAAGACAAGAUGGAAUAAAUGCCGGACUCUGGCUUGCCGAGUUCGCUUAACAACUGAUGCUACUUCGAUUUUGAGAAAAGAGAGUUUACCUUUGAAAUGAAUAUGAUCUCUGAUGGCAGAUUUUUUUUUUUUUAAAGAUAUGCAGUGAUAAAAUUUCUGAGGACAGCCACGCACAAACUGUACAAUUAACAACUGUUACACGCAGACUACAUGUAGACAGAGUUUGAAUCAGGAAUUGAUUUUAAAGUAUCACUUUCAAAAAAAUUUGAGAAACACAUCAGAGAUAAAUAAAGAACAGAGUAAGUGUACUUGCGUAACCGAUCAAAUCGCAAGUCGCCGGGUGUUCUUCUUCUGUUCAGGUGCGACUUCGUAGAUGUCUCGUACGCCCACGACCAAACGUACGAGUGCCAGAUAGAGUCUUUGAAGUAGAACGGAAUAACUGGUAGCAAUCAGUAUGGCCGGAUUAUCUGUCGUAGAUGGAAUAAUAGGGGAAGACAGAAGUUCUCCUUUCGCCGGAUGGAAUUUGGCGAAAGGUUCCGGGACCUCCAUGUUACGUAGAAGAUGUUCCCCUACAUCUUCCCGUUAUUGUAGAAGUCGAGACUCGGCAUAAGACUUUAUUCCGUGGCGCACGCUAGCAGUGCGCCAUGCCAGAGUGAUGUUGUAAAGAAAGUUGGGGCGAACGCCCACAGGCGUUCGUCACUCAAGAGCACAUGUUCACUUAACACAAUGAGAUAUAAACAACCAUUACACAAUUUUAAAAUUUCAUUUAAAAAAUUUUCACCGGAAUGUUACUUUUACUUCUGAAAUCAUAGUUUUUGUUAAACUUUAAGAGAAAAAAUGAGCAAAAACGUAAUUUUUGUCGUAAAAAUAUUGAUAUCCGACUAGAAAAAAUUGCGCGAUUCGGGCCGGGCGGGCCAUUUUUUCUUGAGGCCCGCUAAGACCGAUCCGGGCCGGGCUUACGAAAUGGUCGGGGGGCCGGGAGGGUGACGGGCCGGCCCUCGCACAAGCCUGAUCCCAAUUUGGCUUGGAAAAUUUUGUUUUGGGUUUUUCUUCAAAUAUAGGGCGUUUCACGAAAAUCCCCGCUAUAAAAUUGUAAACUCAUGCAUUUUUAAGAUUAGUAUACUGUUAGAAAACGAUGAUUUGGCUUGAAAAAUGACAUAAACUCAAUUUUCCCAGCGGCUACAGCGAAUCUUGAAAAUCUGUCCCAUAGAAUUGUGCUCAAUGUUAUUGGCUACAGUUUGACAUCAAUUGCGGAAAAUAAAAACUUUUUUUUAAGGAUGAAUUUUUGGUAUCAAUUUGUUCCUUUUUUCAAAUAAAUUAUGAUAUAGUCAACGCGCAGUCGCAGAAACCUUUCUUUCAAGGAAAAAAUCUGUUUUGAAGCUGUUUUGAGUCAAUUACGCGAAUGUCGUUUUUGAAAUUUUCAGUUGUCCGUAAAGGAUAUUUUUCAGAGCUGUUCUCGGGGCGACCGCGGUCGACCGUGGGCCCCCCUACUUGCGGCGUAUUCGAGGGCGGCCGCGGUCGGCCUUUGGUAAGGGUCAACUCGGUCGACCCGUAGAUACAAAUUUUGUUCUGACUCCCGGUUUUUUGCGAAUUAUGGAAAGCGCAAGUUUUACUGAAAUGAAAGUGAAACAAAAAAAAAACAUUUUUAUCGAGCACAUAAAGAGAAAAACCGAUGAAAUGAGAUAUUAAUCCAAAAAUUCAAUAGUUUGCUAAGUGGCCAGAACAAUUUACAGAACUAGAGUAAACAAAUUAAUAAAAAUUUUUCAUGGAUCAUAAAUAACUUAAAAAGUUCAUUUUUCAAUAUAAAAAAACUAAAAAUAAAAAAACAAAAAAAUACGGAAAAAUCCUCGCGCUCGCUUCGGGGGCCUGAAUGAAAACCGCUUCGCGGGCCGGGGCGCUCAGGGGCGCGUCGCGGUCGGGUCGGGGCGGCCUCGGCCAGGGUCGCCCCGACUUGAGAACAGCUCUGAUAUUUUUCAUUUAUAAUGAAUCAAUGACUUCUAAACUUAGUUCUAAACACGGUUUUCUUGAAAACAAGCUUUUCUGGUACGAGAAAAAUCCUAUCUUUUUUGACCAUUUUUUUGAAAAGGUUUUUUCUCGAUAUUCAAUCGGUUUCCCGUUACAUAAGAUUUUUUUUCUGACGGAACCUUGUUUUUAUUGUAAGUUCGAAAUUUUCACUAGUGUUUAAAAAUCAGAAAAAAAAAUUUUGGAGGUUGAAAUAGAAUAUUAAUUUUAAAAGGAGUCAUUUCUCUUCAUUUUAGUUCUAGAUGGAAUUUUUUUUAGAAUAUUAAUAUUGUAGAAAUUUUUUCCGGCGAUUCUUGGAUAAAUACCAACUAGAAAAUUCAUUUUAUUCACUAUAAACGUUCAAUAUCGCUUUUUGCGCGUCGCUUUUGAUGUAUCGCGUGCACUGCGUACAACACAUUUUAUAUUACGGCGUUUUUGGUGUCGCCGUGCUUGAGCGAUUUUUCCCUUUUAAGCAGCGCCAAGCCUUGAGCGAUUUUUCCGAUAUGUUUUGACUUGGGCGCUGCGUAUAUGAAUUUUCGAGCCAUUUCACAUUUCGGAAGCUUCUCCUAAUGAAGCUAGACCAUUUGAAAAAAAAAAACAUUUUGUAUUUUCAAUGAUUUUUUUUAGAACGAUAUCCAUCUCGCCGAGCAAAUCGCCCGACAAGCCGUGGAAGAAGCGAGACUUCAGGAUUUAGAUGUGCAGGACAUGAUGCCCGGCCCAAGCUCCCAAGAACAAGCCUUCGAUGAACCUCAAUUCGUCGACGAGAUUGCUCAUGAAGAAGUCAUUGAGGAUGAUAAGGUAGACCUGUUUAUAUCUAACAAAAGUCAUUAGUUAUUUUUUUAGCACACGGAAAGCAAGUCCCGGUUCAUUUCUGUGAUGGACGAGCACGGCGAGGAGAUCAUGUACGAGUUGCAAGGGGCUGAAGGCAUGACCGAUGAAGAAAUGGAACAGCAGAUUCGGCUCCAACAUCAGCAGCAGCAGGGUGAGGGGAUGAUAAAAUCACGAAAAGUUAGGGGUUGUCUGGCAAAUUUUUGAAGAAUCUUGAGAUUUUUGAAGCUGCCAGGUUCAGAAAGCUUACAAAAGACUCUUUAUAGGAACGGCCAUUUUUCAAAGGUUCUCGAAGAUUUUUUUUUUCUUGCUUUUUUUCUUUUUUCCAUUUUUGUUGUUUUUUGAGCCUCUGCUCUAUAUGGGUUUGUACUUAAAACUGUUUUUUUCAAAAACCAUGUUGCGGUUCAUAUCUCUUAGAGGAACGUCAAAUUUAAAGAGAUUUUGGAAGUUUUUGUUCCUUUGGGCGCUGUCGAUUUUAAGAAGCUUUAUUCAGCCUUUUUCAGUAAGGCGCUGCCAAAAAUUGUCAAAUCUUUAGAUAUUCGAUGGUAGGAAGGAAUUUUUGGUAUUCGUGAGCGUUAAUUGUGCAUACACCAAUCUUGGGGGCUCGAAUCUUUGCAAGAUUCUUGGGAAUAUUCACCUCUUUUUUGAUUUUUUAUAAUUUUUUUGUAACCAGAAGUUGAUGGAGAAUUUAUACAGAAAGAAUAAAAAUAAGCUAGCCGUUCUGUAGCGACUUUGACUACGUGUAUGCGAGAAAGACGCAUUAUUUGAUAAAAGUUAGUUGAAAAAAAAAAAUCAUACAGUGUUCAUUUGUGGACGAAACACGACCAUCUCAAUAAAACAACAAAGGGAAAAAAAUUAAGAAAAAAAAGAGGUGAAUAUUCCCAAGAAUCGUUUGCAAAGAUUCCCCCAAGAUUGGUGUAUGCACAAUUAACGCUCACGAAUAUUCGCGGACCUAAAAAUCCUACCUACCAUCAGAUAUUCUUGAAACCUUUGGGCGCUGCCAAUUCUACUUGAAUCAAAGUAGGAUUUAUUCAGUUUGACUCUGCCAUUUUAUUGAAAAGCUGAAGUAUGGCCUGCGAGGGUGUAGUCUCUCAACCCACAGAAAAAUUUUUCUUUAUUUUUCAAAAAUGGUUUCUAACAGACUUUUGUAAGCUUCACAAUGGAAACUGUACAAGAAUUAAAAAAUAGUCAUUAAAUACCAUGAAUAAAUUUUCUAGAAGAAGCUGAAGGGGUUGAGAUCGUAGACCAACAGGAGCCUGCCAUGCAGUCGUUGGUCAAGCACGACGGUCAGUUGGAGCACGUCGAAACGGAGAUGCAGGAGGGUGUUGUGGAGAAUGAAGAUGAGGUUCGAGAUUUUUAGUUAGAUUGUAUGAGAAACAAGGGUUGAAAAAGUAACUGCAAUUUUUUAACUUCCAGGAAGACGAUCUACCGCCUCAACUCGUCCCAGAAGAAGUCCAAGACGACGAAGUACUACGGGCGCAACUCCCGACUCAUUCUUUGGCUGUGAGCGAAAUUUUGAAGACUUAAAAGAAUUGGAAGCUUCAGGAAGAGUUUGGAAUCGAUCCGUCGACGCCAUUGAGAGUUUCUUCGCCUGGAGGACGGGUUCAUGAAGUUCAGCUGGCGCGGGAUGAAGCUGGUGAGAGAAGAAAUAAAUUUUUUUUGAAGCUGUCUACGCAAAAAAAACUCACAGAGGGAUCUUACAAAUUUUUUUGAUAAGGCUUUUGAAAGAUCAUAGGCUGAUUUAAGGAGGAUAAGGGCUUUUUAAAGUGUUAUUUAUGUUAUAAAAACAGGCCUUAAAACAGUUUUACUGAGGCUAGUGAAGGAUCCUAGGCUGAUUUAAUGAGGAUAAGGCUUUUUAGAAUGGUAUUUACGUUAUUUCCGUCACUUCUUCUUUUCAAACCUACUGGCAGAAAUUUCCGCAUAGGAUCUUUGAAAAAACUUUAAAAAAUUAGAAAGAGUAGCUCUACUAUUGAAUUUCUGAAAGAAAAAACCGACUCUCUCGAUUUUCCAGGAUUUUCCAGGAGAUUUUCUGAAGCAAACACAAUUCUUUGAGUUUACGGUGUUUUAAACGCGAAAGUUCAGAUUGAACUUAAAAAAUCCCUAAUGAGGCAUUGAAGGAUCAUAGGCUAACUUAAUGAGGGCUUUUUGAAAUGUUAUUAAUCGUCACUUUUACUUCCAAAGUCAAUAGAAGGGAUCCUUGAAUAGGAUAUUUAAAAAAACAACAAAAAAAUUUAAAAAAAGCGGCUUUACUAUUACUCAGGCACUGGUGACGACGAUAGGUGUCCCCGCUCAUUUUUUGCCUUUUUUGUUCAUUUAAGCUCAAAAAUUCGGCUUUUAUUCAUUUUUAUGAAUUUCCUCUUAUCAUGAUGCUUAGUUUAAAUUCGACGCAAAAAAACUCAACCAUAUCCAUUUUUCAAUUUAAAUAUGGUUCUUCGAAAACUCGCACAAAUGGGCUCGAAACCGGUUUUAAAAGUGAGCAUGCAUACUAAUAAAUAUUAUAAAAAUACCGACGAACCAUUUAAAUAUGGUUUUCCUAGUCAAAAGGCUAAAAUAAGAGCCAGAAACCCGGCGCGUCCCCACACCAGUGCCUGAGGAGAUUUCUGAAAGAAAAAAGCAACUCCCUCGAUUUUCCAGGAAACGAAGUGUUCGUUGACGCGUCGACGGGCAUGAUCGUGGAGCUGAUGGAAGAAAAUGGUCAAUUAAUCAACAGCCACGGUCAGACGGAAGAAGCUCGCCGAUCUGUGGCCAACCGACUUCGCGACGUCGAGUUCAACUUCCUCGACAGCCGAAAUAUCUGCUGCGGCCUCUGUGGAGAGAUUGUCCCCUACGAUGGACUCGUCAACGACCAUCUACCCAAUGCUCAUCCUGAUGUUCGUUUUGAGAUAGUUUUUUGAGAAGGAUGUUCGGAAAAUGUAGAGAAGCUUCCUGAUUCUUGAUGUUUUAAAGUUUUGAAGAUUUUGAAUCAGGUGGAAAAUUAUUUUGGGAGUUCCUAAAUCACGUACAGUUUUCCUGAGGGAGUAGAUUAGUUUUUGAAAAAAAAAGUUGCAAGAAAAUCCUGGUGAAAUUAUUUUUUUAAGCUGAUCAAGUUUUUAUGUAUGUCCAGGUAGAUUAGUUUUUUUAAAAAAAUAUUAGAAAAAUUUCGAGAGAAUCAUAGAGAAGUUUUCUCAAAGCUGAUUAAGUUUUUGUAUGUCCAGGAAAGAAAAAAAUUCAAUAAUUGUCGAAAAAGUCAAUAAAUCAAGCUUUCGAAAGAGCUAUUGAUUGAUCACAGCCUGGAUAAUCUUCUAUAGUUCAAUGAGUUAAAAAAAUCUUCAGUUCGAGUAGGAUUUUUUUGAAAAAUUCAUGUCAUUUUUUUCGAUUUAGUAUGGAUUAUGUUAUUGGAAGAAAAAAUUGUGAAAUUCCUGAUUUUUUUCGAAAUUUCCUUAACAGUGAUCCAAAGGAAUCUCGCCCCAACUCAAAAAAAAAAAAUUUGAAACUUCAUCCAAAAAAGUCUUUUUUCAAAAAAAGGUUCUGAAGCUCUUCUGUGAUAAAAAAAGCGAAAAUCGGACAAAAUUUUUCAAAUUGUUAAAAAGAAAAAAUAAAAUAUAUUCCUUACUAUUUCUUAACCUUUCAGCUCAUGCAAGCUGGUGUUGAGCUGGAGGAAGUUUCCUAUGAUUCUUGGCUCAGAGGGCAACUCCAUCGGGAGCAUAAAAAUAUGCAGAAUGGCUUCAGGUUUGAUAAACUCAAAAAAAAAGUAAAUACGAAGCAAACUUAGACCUUAUGACGACACGAACGUCAAUUCAAUCACGUUGAUUUCACGGGGGAUGCGACAAAUGCGGAAAGUUAGCCAGGUAAAAAUGAAAUAUUUUCAAUAAAACUGAAUUUUUGGACUUUCUCCGUGAUUUUUCAUAAUAUUUAACGCUUUAGAUCCGUGUGAAUCCUAGCGAAAUGUCACUGGAUGAACUGGAACUCGCCCUAAGACGAAAAAUGAUUGAAAAAAUGGGCCGAAAGGUGAGAAAUUUACCGCUAAUCUGAGCAGUACAAUGAUCCUUUCAGGUCUCUGUUUCUCUUGUUGAUCGGCUCCAUGCGAAAUGUGGCAUUUGCCAGGCCGUCGUCUCGUUGAAUAAGAAGUUUGAGGUACGGUAGGGGGUACUGUAGAAGUUACAGGAUGAAAAGUGGUCCUUUAAGGGAAAGUUUAGUGAGUUUUGGGCGCUCUGUGGUCAAUAGUAUGAAUUUUAGCCUUUUAUUGGUUUUUUUUCACUGUGAGAAGGCUUUCUGUUAGGAUAAAAAGUUUGAGGUACUGUAGGUGGUACUGUAUAGAAGUUACAGGAUGAAAAGUCGCCCUUUAAAGGAAAAUUUAAGGAAUUUUGUGUGCUCUAUGGUCAAUAGUACCAAAUUUAGCCUUUUAUUGGUUUUUUUUCACUGUGAGAAGGCUUUCUGUUAGGAUAAAAAGUUUGAGGUACUGUAGGUGGUACUGUAUAGAAGUUACAGGAUGAAAAGUCGCCCUUUAAAGGAAAAUUUAAGGAAUUUUGUGUGCUCUAUGGUCAAUAGUACCAAAUUUAGCCUUUUAUUGGUUUUUUUCUCUGCGAGAAGGCAUAAUGGGAUGAGCAGUUUGAGGUACUGUGGGGGGUACUGUAUAGAAGUUAAAAAAUAAAAAGUGGUCCCUUGAGGGAAAAUUUUUGUGAGUUUUGGGCGCUCUGUGGUCAAUAGUACCAGUUUUAGUCUUUUAUUGGUUUUUUUUUCUUUUUGAGAAGACUUCUAAAGAGAUAAAAAGUUCGAGGUACGGUAUGGGGUACUGUAGAAGUUACAGGAUCAAAAGUGGUCCUUUAAGGGAAAAUUUAGUGGGUUUUGGGCGCUCUGUGGUUGAUAAUACUAGUUGCAGCUUUAUAUUCGUUUUUUUUUCUCAAUUUGUUUUCCAUGUGAGAAGGCCUUCUAAUGGGAUAACAAUUUUUGGUUACGUAGGAUUAUAAUAUUUUGAUUAUCCAAGAUCACAAGCCUUUCAUUCACCUUUUCAGAGUUCAAAAGCCUGGAAUUCAUUAAAAUAAUCGAUUUUUCAGAUCGUCCACCUCGUCAGACACUUCAACGCCUGGCAUCCAGCAGACCAUCGAUGUGCCGGAAAAUGGAGGCAGAAUUCGACUGAUCCGAGUGCUCCGAAGACUUUGUCCCUUCAUGUCCGUCUUGAGAAGUUGUUUCGAAAAUUUACAGAACUCUUUUAGUGAUCCCUCUAGUAGAGUUCGUUUGAAAAUUUCAAAAAGUGGCUUGAGAAAUUGAGCAAAAUUAGAAAAUCGGUAAUUUUAAGGAGCUCCUGGAAUUAGAUUCUAAGAUUUUAAGUUUUUUCAAAAAAAAUUUUUCCAUGUGAUCAGGUAAAAGAGGCUACUUGAUAUUGAUAGAUGGCAGAAAAAAAUAUUUUUUAGAUGAAAUAAACAAAAAAAUCAUUGAUCUGAAAAAAAAAUUUCUAUUUGAUGAGCGCCGCUUUCCUUCCGAACCAUACAUUCUUUGUUUGAAAGCCCAUUUUUCUGCGAACUUUUCGAUUUUCCAGGACUUUGCCGUGAUCGAUACGGAUUUGGACCACAACAACAUCCAAUGCAUCUGGUGUGCGAGUUUGAUGGACCGAAGUAGCGUCGGAACCCAUUUUUCCGAAGUUCACGGCGAGGAAGUUCAGGUUCCCAAGUGCUCCUUGUGCUUGCAGGUUCACCAACAAAAAAAAUUUUUCACUCAAAGAAAUAACUUCCAGGAAAUGAUCCUCUCGGCCCGACUUUUGGAAAAGUUUGGCGAAGAUUUUGGCGUCAUUCUCCCUGAUGAGUACCAUGUGAUGAGCCCCAGACUGGAUGCCACCUUCAGCUCGGAAAAAGCUCUGGACAAGGUGACUGGAGGAGAAGGAUUUUUGGUAGAAAUUCUGAAAAAAAAUGAGGAAAUUUGCUUGUUUUCUGUCAAUUUUUGUACAGGGAUGAUGGAAAAUAUACAUUUUUUGAAAAUCUUUCACAAAAAUAAGGAAAUUUUGGGGAUUUUAGAGCGAUUUUUGUGAUGGCAAUCGCGGAAAAAUGUGUCAUUUUAGGAAACGAUAUCGUAGGGGAACGCUGAAAAAUAUUUUAAGAGCGAAAAAUCAAUUUUGAGCCAUUUUUAAACGAUUUUUUUUCAAGAAAUAAUUUUUUUCCAAGAAAGUUUUUUUAGAUUUUCAGAAGAAAAAUUGAAAUUUCAGACCCUAGUUUAGUGAUGAUUUUAGGCGAUCGACAAGUACUUAAAGAAAAAAAUUCGCCGGCUCAAGAAGUAGCGGAUGAGGAAGAGAUGGACGAUGAGGAGCCCGAUAAUGAAAAUAUGGUAGGUUCCAAAAAAAAAGAACCUCGUUUUUUAUUUUUUGACUUGGGUUAUAGUGGAUGAAAAGUAUAAAAAUUUUGAAAUCAAGAAAAGUUGCAAAUUUUGAGAUCUAGGGUCAAGUUAGAAUGACCCACCCCCACCCCGGUUGAAAUUUUGAUGAAAAUUUGCUGAAGUGUACUUUUACUUCAAGACCUUCUGAUCCCAGAACAAGAAAUAAAUUAUCCCCAAUAGAUCCAGUUUUAGAGUUGUGAAGCUAAAAAAAAAGCGCUUUUUCAAGCUUUUGAAGCUGAUUGACUCGAAAAAUUAGGUCUGUGGGGGGGCCUUUUUCCUAGUCAGAUUGGAAUUUUUUUGAAAAAAAGCGCUUUUUCAAGUUUUUUUGAAGCUGAUUAACCCGAAAUUUUGAUUGGGGGACGUUCAUUGAUCAGAUUGAAACUUUUGAAAAAAAUAAUAGUGUUACUAAAAUUUGAUUGGGGGGGUUCCUCAGAUUGAAACUUCUGAAAAAAUAAUAGUGGUAUCAAUAAUUAUGUUCUAGAUUUGCACAACGAACAGCCGGCAAGCUUUUGGACGAAGAAAUCGAAUGAAAAGGAGUUUUGUCAAGCCUUGCUUUAGGUGGCUUUCAUGAGAUUUCCAAGAAAAAUGUGACAAUUCCAGACAAGUUUGCCCGGCAAAUUCGGCCUUUUUUGAACCCGUCUCCGCUUGUCAUUGGAAGUGCAAAAUGUGCUCACGGGAUAUAUUCGGCGCCGUUAUAUCGGCUGGUUUGUAGCAGAUGAAUCGACGAAAAUUAUGUAGAUUGAUGAAUUUAGGAGCCAUCAAACACUACAAAACGUUCCACAAGGACCACAUGGAGAGCAUGCAGUACGAGCUGAGCAAGGUGGAAAUUCCUUUCUUUUUUUCUGAACUUUUGAGUGAGGUUGAUUAGAUUAGGAUCUCCAGAGAUCUAUGGGCAACCUUAGGGGUCCUGGGAGGGCCUAGAAUUUAUCCUUGUAGGGAUCACUAAAGCUUGCAAGAAUGGCCUCUAUAGGGGCUUUUAGUUAGUGGCCUCUAUAGGGGACAUGGUAUAGCUGAUUCACGGCUGACGAGCCAUCAAAAAAAGGGUCCUGACACGAUAAUGCACGAGAUAGCGCCUGGCUCGUGGAGAGCGCAGACAGGACACGCCCCCUUAGAGUUGGCCGUGAAUUAGCUAUAACCGAUAGUUUUCAUGAACUCCAUGCGAAAAACUAAAUAAAUAAACGUUUUUUGAAUGAAAUUUGAAGACCCCUAUAGGUUCCACUCACGAUUUUUAAGGGCUAAGGUGUCAGAUUCCUAUAGGGACCACCUGGAAUCCACCUCUAUAGGGACCACUUUAUCGGCCCCUACGUUUUUCCCCCUGACCCCUAUAGUGACCACUCAGCAAUUUUUAAGUCGCUCAAAAAGAGCUCUUUUUCCAAAUCAGCUCGAACUUUCCGCUUUCUCAAUGAUUUUCAAUUUGCUUUGAACAGAUUGUAGAGCUUUUUCAUCUCAAAAGCUGCCGAGAUUGCCUUGAAAUUUCACGAUUUAAGGGCUAAGGUGUCCGACCCUCAACUCCUAUAGGGACCACCUGGAAUAAUUAACCUCUAUAAGGACCACGUUAUCGGCCCCUAUAUGUUUUUCCCCUGUCCCCUAUAGGGACCACUCUGAAUUUCUUAAAUAGUGUGAUUAUAUGCGGAGAGAGAUAAAUUUUUUUAUUUAGAGGUGAAAACUGUAAGAAUAGUAUAGUCAUUUUUUUGGGGAAGGGGGGCCUUUGUGCGACCUCUCUUCUCUUAUUCUGACAUGCUAUAUUCAUGUUUCUCUGGCCUUGUAAGGGAGGAAACAGAGAGACGCAGACACUAAGAAACUGUCAAGUCGAGGCGCGGACUAUAAAUGGAAUUAUAAGAGAAAAGAAAAAUUUGAUCAGUCUUACUAACUUUUUUUAAAUUUUGGUUGCUUUUGACGUGAUCUUCCUUCUAAAAUAUUCUUGAGAAAAACCCUUAAGGGAUUUCUUUUUAGAUUCUUGAACCAUGAAGAUAAUGAUGAAGAGAUAAAGAAAAAUUCCAUAAAUAGGUCUUAAAAAAACCUUCCACAAGUCGAUCUUCUUGAAGGCUCGCCUGGAGCGAAUCAGCGACGGUUCGAUGGAGUUCGUCCAUCCAUCUCUGGUUGAAUGUCUUCUCUGCAAUUUGACCUACGCCCUUCAUCGACCAUUCAACAUUUGUCGCGCUAUACGACAUUUGAAGCUCAAACAUCAGGAAGUGAUGCCCGAGUUCUCCGGGAUUCCAAUCAACUCGGUGAGUUUUAGAGGAGACAAAAUGAACUAGAAUGAUUUUUAAUGGUUUUAAAUGAUGGGAAACCUAAAUUAUACUAUAGAAUGGUAUGAAAUAAUAGUUAGAAAAAGUACGUUUUUUUUUUUCAAAUCCGUAAAAAGUUCAACUCUACGUGUUACUAACGCCUAAAAAGAUGCGAAUUACAGAAAUUUCGAAUUAAUGAAAGUUUUUUUUCAGAGCGAUGAUCGAGAUCAGCAAUUACGUGAGUUUUCAAUUCCUUCUCCUGAAAAAAAUUUUUUUUUGACAGUUUUGCUCAUUUUCACUGUUUUUUUCAAUUCACGAAAAGGUUUACUAUGAUGAAAUCCAAAAAAAUUCUAAAAAUUCAAAAAUUUUUCAUUUCCUUACUGUCCAGAAAUCACCCUCGGCGAAAUUAUCGAUGAUCCUGUGGUCCUGGAGAAGUUCCGGCGGGAGUACGACGUUGAAUUUGAUAAGGUAAUAUUGGAUGAGAAAUUUUCAAAAAUUGAACGAUGAUCAAUUUAAAAAAGCAUUUUUCAGUGUAUUUUUCAAGUUUGGGCCAUUUUUUCACUGUACCCUUUUGAGCGAUUUUCAGGAUUUCUUUAAGAAAAAAAAAAUUCCAUAAAAGCUUAAUGGAAUAUAAUUUUUCUUAAUUCUUGCAGUCCCCUAAUAAUAAAGCGCAUUUUAUUUUUGGUUGGAGAUUUCCUGAAAAUUGGCUUAUACUCUCUUUGAUGUACCCUGAAAGUUGCAAACUCCAAGACUUUUUCCGAGAAAUGAAGACGUUUUGAGGGUUUUCUCAGACUUAUAGUUGUCCUUUUUCGGAAAAAAAUAGGUUCUCUAGGAAGAUUGAGACUUUUAGGUAGUGUGUCCGUCACAUUAAGAAUCGCUCUGACUAUUUUUAUGGAAGUUCCCAAAAGUAUAAUUACCUUCCUUGUAAGCUCAACAAAUACUGAUGUAACUCCUGAAAUUGGUAGCGUCAAAGAUUUCUUCAAAUAUUGGCAGUACUCCCAAGCAGCACCUAGUUGAACAAAGCCUAUGAAAGCUCCCUAAAAUCGGGGUGGUAUGAAAAAAAGACCAGCGAAAAUUCGAACGGCGACUUUUCCGAUUUUUUCGUAUCGCUAGAGAACUUUCCGCCGAAUCCCUUUCCGACUUUUUUCCACUACGUUUUUCGGUUUAUAAAACAUCUAUCAACAUUUUUUUUCCUAUUGCGUUGUGUUUUAAUCAUGAAUAACUUGCCUGCUUUAUAUAGGAAGAUUGAAAACGAAGAUUUUACCGAGAAAAAAACUUGGAAAAAGAUUCGGCGGAAAGGUGGCCCUCGGAAAGUUCUCUAGCUAUAUGAAAAAAUCGGAAAAGUCGCCGUUCGAAUUUUCGCUGGUCUUUUUUUCAUACCACUAAAAUUGGCAGCGCCUAAAUUGAAAGCUUCAAAGGUUUCUUCCAAUAUUGGUAGUACUCCAAGCAGUACCUAGUGGAAAAGAGACUGAUGUAACUCUCCGGAAAUUGGCAGCGCUAAAAUUUAAAGGUUCAAAGAUUUAAAUUACAGAUCCAAGUUCUGCACGGAGUCAGCAACGACCCGGUAUACGUGUUGCUUGCCGAGGACGAAGACCUGGACGAAGACCAGGCUCGCCAGGUCGCUAGGGCUAUGAUCAACGGCGAGAAGUCGGAUAGAGUCGUUCGACAGGUCCGACUAGUUUCAAGGAGAAAAAAUAUUAAAUUGAAUCGCCUUCAGCCUCAAUCGAUGAACCAGCACCUGGAAGAUCAACAAAAUGAGCAUGAGGAGCACUUUUUGGAAGGCGGGGAGGAAGUGGAGGUCGACGACGCGCCGCCUCUCCUCCAGCAGCAGCCCGAACCUCAAGCCGUGCUCAUGGACAAUCAGAUGGUUCAUCACCAGAUGCCCCAUCAACCUCAUCAAGUUAGAGAUUUUAGAGAAAAGAAGUUGAAUUUUAUUUUUCAAGGGAGCUCCGGUCCAAUAUGUAUACCAAGAUGCGAAUGGCCAACAAGUGCAGGUCAUUCAAGUGAGAAGCCAGGUGGGAAAAAAUAAGUAUUCUGAUGCAAGGAAAAAAAACUGUUAAGCCUGCCGAGUUCCGAAUCAUACAGGAGGAGAUCAUCGAACCGUUCACCUUGGCGGCAGGAGACCCGAGUGUGAGGAUUUUUUUUUCUCGGAAUGAGAGACGCCAGAGAAGUGGGGGCACUGCCGCUGUAUUUUGCCUCUUCGGCAGCUUUUGAUCUCUCGCUCGUGUGUUGAAAAAUGAGAUAUGAGGAAGUCUGAAGAGACGCCAGAGAAGUGAGGGUGCUCUGUUUCUCUGAAACCUCUUUGGCGGAUGCUAUUCUCUCGUUUUCACAAUUUCUCCCUUGAGCAGAAGAAGAAGAGAGAUCGACGGCGGCCUGAAGAGACGCCAGAGAGAAGCUUUGAUCUCUCUGUCGUCUUUUCAAGAAGUAUUUCCGCUUGAUUUUCCUUUUUUCCCACUGGGAAAAUUUUUAGUGGUCACUGUAGAGGCUCGCCAAGGACUACUUGGAGAGGACACUAAAGUGGCCACUAAACCCACCUCUAUAGUAGCCACUAUGUUCCGUUCAAGUGGCCACUAUAGAGGUUCUCUAUUUAGUGGCCACUUCAGUAGUUUUUCAUCGAGUAUUCCUUCCAGUAGCUCUGAUAAAUUUGAAACAAACAGAUUGGACCAGUUAUGUUGAUCCAUUGACCCCUAAAGUGGCCCCUAAAAUUUUUAGUGGUCUAGUAGUGGCACUAAGACCUCUACAGUGGCCCCUAAUUUUUAACCCCAUAAGUGGCCACUAACUUCACUACUAUAGUGGCCACUAAAACGUCAAAACCCUAUAGUGGCCACUUAAAAUUUUCCCUGUAAAGUCCUACAAAAAAGAAGGGUCGAGAAUAUGUAUUCUCUGGUGUCUCUUCGGUUUUGAUCUCUCGCUUCAGCUUUUUUUUCGGAUUUUUUCCUAUCUAAAAAUGCGACUUCUUUCUCAAACUAGGAACGGAGCCAGCCUUAAGAAGUCUUUGAUAAUUUUUCUUUUUGCCCGGAAUAUUUCAUUCAAAAUCAUCCUCAGGUGCAGUUCAUGACGGAAGGGGAGCUACGAGAAGCUGCCCAUCGCGGCGAACUCCAACUCGCCGAAGAGUACCUCGACAAUAACGGAUGUCGCCGUAUCUCCUACAAGCCCUACCUUCACGAAGAUGACGAAGUUCUCGAAGAACAUCAUCUUCAACAUCCCGAUGAUCUUCAACAUCCUGAUGAUCUCCAACAUCCUGAUGAUGAUGGUCAACAAUAA